UCGUUUAAGUAGAUAGAUUGAUGUCGUUGAAAUGCGCUAUACUAUAUUUUUUCUAAUUUUCUUACCAAAUAUAUUGGCAUCGAUAGACGAGGAAUGGCAAAAAUUCAAAAUAUAUUACAAAAAAACAUACUCAUCCCAAGCAGACGAGCAGGAGCACUACGAAAAUUUCAAAGAAAACUUAAACGAAAUUGAAUUACACAACAGACUUUUUGAAAAAGGACAAGUGUCUUAUCGCAAGGGAAUCACAAAAUUCGCUGACCUUACAGACGAUGAAUUCGUGGCGAAGUACAGGUUCGAUAAAAGGCCACCAAAAAUUUACCUAGACGAGCCUGGGUACGAGUCCUCCAAAAACGCAUCGGAUCGUUUCGACUGGAGGGAAAAAGGAGCGGUGAGCAAGGUCAAGAAUCAAGACACUUGCGGAGCUUGUUGGAUAUUUGCAUCAGUUGGUGCACUGGAAGGUCUGUACUUCAGAAAAACCAACAAAUCCAUUGUUUUAAGCGAACAGAACCUAAUCGACUGCAUUUCGAACCAUACUUGCAAAGGAGGUUGGCCUGAAACGGUGUUUCAAUAUAUCUACUCCGGAAAAGGAAUAAACACUGAGGAUGAUUAUCCUCGAACGCCAAGUCCUGGGCAGUGCAAAUUCCAGAAAUUGAAGAACGUUCCGCUGACAAUCAAGGACGUUGGUUUCGUAAAGAACGAUGAAGAGGCCCUAAAGAAGGCUCUAGUUAAAAAAGGACCGAUUGUUUUGUGCCUGUACGCAGGAGAAAAGUGGAAGCUGUAUGAAAGCGGGGUGUGGUACGAAAGAGAAUGUUCUGACAUACCAAAUCAUGCUGUAUUGCUGGUGGGAUAUGGGUCAGAAAACGGGCAUGAUUAUUGGUUGAUUAAGAACUCGCAUAGUGAAGACUGGGGUGAAAAUGGUUACAUAAAGAUAGCUCGGAAUAAACACCGUAAUUAUUGUAGUAUUACCAAAUUCGCUAUUUAUGUAGAAUAAUUAAUAAAUUAUUUUCCAACGCGAUUUUUUGAUCGAAUUGAUUGAGUACUUAAUUCAUUGUAAUAGCUGUACCACUUCCAAAUUGGUACAUCAACAUCAUAUGAAACUCUUUAAAUAAAAAUUGAUGAGGAUAUAGUACGCAGUUA